GUGGAAUGCAGGAAGAGAUGUGACGCGGACCAGACGGGUCUUGCCUGUUCCUAGAGAAAGGAAGGGGUUAGCCACGGCGGGAACGGCCCCGCCAGUGAGGAGCGCAGGCACAAGGCUUAGCGGAAGAGGCGUGACCCAGGCGUACCGCAGGGGCGUGACCCGAACGAGCUGUCCUAGGCCCUUACGUGAAGGGCGUGGCGUAGUACCAAGGGUGUAAAAAAAGAUAUUCAAAUUGGCGGGAGGGUCGGCAUACUUUAGGCGGAGUAAGGACGUGGGCCCAAGGGAGGGAGGUAGGGUAGGCAGAAUAGUUGUGACUGGAUGAUCACUGGUAUGUGAAACGAACUGCGCUCAGAGGCGCAGACUGGCUGAAGCGUGGAAAAGUGGCCACAACUGGAAAGGCAGGCAGCGGAGUAGUGACGGACAGGGGAGGUGGCGCGAAAAGGGAAGUAGGGACCUGACGUAGUUGGAACGCAGAGACGUGCCUCGAACGUGUGGGCGUGCCUUGUUGCUCUGACGGGCGUAACAAACAUGGUGGAGCAGGCGGAGGGCAGAGGUUGGGCAAGUUAGCGUGCAGGCGCGUAGCAGCGACAGGAGAUGUGUAGCCAGAGCGCAGAGCUGGUGUGGACUCCGGCGCAGGGGAAGCGUGGUCAGGGCGAGAUUUGAGCCUAGGUCGGGGACAGAGGCAGGACUGAUAGGGGCGUGGCCUGGAAUGACGAAAUGACGUUUGCUGCGUGGGGACGUGGCUAAACGUGAGGGGGCGUGGGCAACAUGGCCCCGUGCUGGAUCUUCGGGUCCCGGGAGCGAACGCGGAGGUUCUGACUCAGUGUAUCCACUCUGGGAGAGCGUGGACCUGGUUCCUGGGGGUGAUCGACAGUCACCCAUCAACAUUCGGUGGAGGGACAGUGUUUAUGAUCCCGGCUUAAAACCGCUCACCAUCUCUUAUGACCCAGCCACCUGCCUCCACGUCUGGAAUAAUGGGUACUCUUUCCUCAUGGAAUUUGAAGAUUCUACAGAUAAAUCAGCUGCACUUAGUGCAUUGGAAUGCAGUCAAAUUUGAAAACUUUGAGGAUGCAGCACCGGAAGAAAAUGGUUUGGCGGUGACAGGAGUAUUUUUAAAGUGGCACUAUCAGAACAGAGUGACAUAAUGGUGGGAUAACAUGGACACUUGUCUUCUUCCUUACUGUAAUGGGACUGUUUCUACUCCACAUAAUCUGGUUAUUAGGUUCCUGCAACUUAACUGGGAACUGAUCAAGAUUUCAAGCUAAGAUGGUGGUGAUGAACAGCCUAAGGGUCAUUCUUCAAGCAUCUCCAGGCAAAUUGCUGUGGAGAAAGUUCCAGAUUCCGAGAUUCAUGCCAACGAGGCCCUGCAGCCUCUAUACUUGUACUUACAAAACCCGGAACCGAGCCUUGCAUCCACUCUGGGAGAGCGUGGACCUGGUUCCCGGGGGUGAUCGACAGUCACCCAUCAACAUUCGGUGGAGGGACAGUGUUUAUGAUCCCGGCUUAAAACCGCUCACCAUCUCUUAUGACCCAGCCACCUGCCUCCAUGUCUGGAAUAAUGGGUACUCUUUCCUCGUGGAAUUUGAAGAUUCUAUAGAUAAAUCAGUGAUCAAGGGAGGACCCCUGGAACACAACUACCGAUUGAAGCAGUUCCAUUUUCACUGGGGGGCCAUCGAUGCCUGGGGUUCUGAGCACACCGUGGACAGCAAAUGCUUCCCAGCAGAGCUGCACUUAGUGCAUUGGAAUGCAGUCAAAUUUGAAAACUUUGAGGAUGCAGCACUGGAAGAAAAUGGUUUGGCGGUGAUAGGAGUAUUUUUAAAGCUAGGCAAACAUCAUAAAGAGCUACAGAAAUUAGUGGAUACUUUGCCGUCAAUAAAGCAUAAGGACACCCUGGUGGAAUUUGGGUCAUUUGACCCUUCCUGCCUGAUGCCUACCUGCCCGGAUUACUGGACCUACUCAGGGUCUCUGACUACCCCACCCCUCUCCGAGUCUGUUACCUGGAUCAUUAAGAAGCAACCAGUAGAGGUUGAUCACGAUCAGCUUGAGCAAUUUCGAACCCUGCUUUUCACUUCUGAAGGGGAGAAGGAGAAAAGAAUGGUGGACAACUUCCGCCCUCUUCAGCCACUGAUGAAUCGCACUGUCCGUUCAUCCUUCCGGCAUGAUUAUGUGCUGAAUGUACGAGCGAAAUCCAAGCCGGCGACCAGCCAAGCAACCCCCUAAAACGUUCAUAUCUAGGCAGUAUUUUGCUUUUGCUAUAAUAUAUACUAGCUUACUAAAAAUUGUUAACUAGACUAUUCUAAGUGCCUGCAUUUGAUAAUAUUUACAGAUGAGCAUUUCUUAGCAUGAGAGUGCUUCAUCAGUCUUUGAGGAAAGUGAUUCAGUACCUGCUAAGAGACACAAGUUUUUCUUGCAGCUACCUGCUGGUAAUUGUAAUGCCUUUUUUUUUUCUUUUUUUCUUUUUUUUUUUCUCUUUAAGAGACUAGGUCUUGCUCUGUUGCCCAGGCUAGAGUGCAGUGGCCCAGUGAUAGCUCACUGCAGCCUUGAACCCCUAGGCUCAAGCAGUCCUCCUGCCUUAGCCUCUGGAGUAGCUGGGGCUACAGGUGCUGGCCACCUGGCCCGGCUUGUAAUAUCUUUUUAUGUCUGACAUUUUUGAGCUAUCUUUUUUAUGUUUAUCCAUUAGCGGUUCUAUAGCACUAUACAUAGGGAUUAUAAUCAAAAGUAAGGCACAGACACUGACCAGAACUCAGGCCUUUCAGAAACAGCCUGUUGGCCCAGACUGGUACUUCCUGGCUGAACAUUGGCCAUGGUUUUAGAUGUAUUUUAUUUUAUAACAUGAAUGUGUAUUCUUUCAUAAGGGCUUAUCAAUCAGUAUAUUAUAUUUGCCCCAGUGUUUAGUUGUUACAAGGACAUGAUACGCUUACUAUCGAUUUAUGAUGUAGAAAAUAUAUUUUGUAAUUAUAAGAAAA